AUGAAACAAUUCCAAAAAGACUUCGGUGUCUUCAAUGCCGAGACUCAAGCUUGGGGAAUUCCAGCCACAUGGCAAUCGAUCGGGUCCGGGACACCGACUGCUGGGAUUGCCAUCGGCACACUGAUUGCAGGAUAUGUUGGGAAUAAGUUUGGGAGAAUCAAGGCGUUUUGGUUCGCGGCUGCCAUUGCGCUCGUGGGGAUAUUGAUUCAAGCGACGAGUAUGAGUAGUUAUUGGCAAUUGGUGGUGGGGAGGAUUGUUAAUGCUUUGAGUAUGGGGAUAAUUUGCAACAUCAUCCCUAUCUGCCAGGGCGAGGUCGCUCCCGCCUCCCUUCGAGGGUCGUUUGUCAAUACCUAUCAAUUCAUGCUUCUCUUCGGUGCGCUUAUUGCGGUCAUCGUCAACUGGGCUAUGAACGAGCGAAGUGAUCAAUGGGCUUACCGACUUGUGAUAAUCCUGCAAUUCGUCAUCCCUACUAUUAUGGUUGUAGGAGGGUUUAUCCUGCCGGAAAGUCCACGAUGGUUGAUCUCUCAGGGUCGCGAUCGAGAGGCAGUCGAAGUUCUGAAGUAUCUCCGCCGAGGUACUCCAGAUGCUGUUAUCGAGAAGGAGGUUGUGCUUAUUGGACAGAGCGUCCUUUGGAAGCUGGUCGGACCACGGGUAUUGAUGUCGACUCGAAGGUUUUGGUGGGUGUCGAGGUGA